AGCUGGUUUGGCAAAGGUUUGGGCGAAAUUUCGAAGUGGGGCCAUGCGCUGCCUUUCCUUCCUCCUGGUAGCUGGCGUGGGCGUUGCGCUGGCAAGCAACCCUGAGGGGGAAGCAUUUCUGAAGAAGAAGGAGCAGGAGCCAGAUGUCAUAAAGACCUCCACGGGCUUGCUCUACAAGGUCGUGAAGAAGGGCGAUGGAACUCAUCAUCCGACGGCUGGUUCGCCCUGCGAAUGCCACUACAAGGGUCAGUUCAUCGAGGGCGAGGAGUUUGACUCCUCCUACAAGCGCGGGACCCCCACGACGUUCAAGCCGAGCCAGGUCAUCGCAGGCUGGACGGAGGCUUUGCAGCUCAUGGUGGAGGGAGACCACUGGGAGCUGUACAUCCCCUCCGAGCUGGCCUAUGGCAGCCGGGGAGCCGGGGGCAGGAUCCCUCCACAUGCGGCGCUCGUGUUCACGCUGGAGCUGCUCAAGAUCAAAGGCGAGAAGGUGCCCAAGACCGAGCUCUGAGGACGGUGAGACCAAGGGCCGCGUCUGAUAGAACCUGAGAGCCGGAAGGCCAAGGCGCCGAGUCGGAACGGAACCAAAUGGGCGAUGCCCAGAGUUCCGAUGCCCGUUUUUGAGUUGGAGAACUUGGA